CAAAAAUUAUAAGACAAUACAACGUAAAGCAUCAAUAAACACUGAAAUAAAUUGAUAUUUAGAUAUGGAGAAGCUUUCGACUUAAAUUCUAAGAGAGAAACUAAAAUUUUAUUUUCGCCAAAUCAGAGAUAAACCAAAAUAACUGGUGCAUGCUUCCCAUUUUCAAAAAGACAUGAUGCUUGUGACGUGAGCGAUUGGUUUACAUUCUUUCCAUUUUAUCGAUGAUUCCAGUUCUGUUAUUGGUUGUAACCGAAAACUGGUAACAAAGCUAUCAUUGGAUGUGUAACUAAGUUGAAAAAGGGAGGAAAGCUAACGGGGGAAUCAUACUACUUUCAUGUGUUGGAAGUGAGUGGGUAGGAAGGUUAGGAGGGAAAGUUGUUUCUUUACUGGAUUGGCAAGUUAUCAGGUCAGUGGCAACACGCGGUAUUCUCCAUGGUGAGUUAGCUGAUAAAAAGGGAUAGAACCCACACGGGAUAUUCAUUCAGCCGAUUGCUGAUUCAAAUUGCCAGACCUCCAAAGACUGGACUCCUUUCGACCCAAGUUUGCUUGCACUGCUGUAGCUUUCUUUAAGAUUCUUUGGUCCACUAGCGUAAGUCAUGAUUUCGUUCUUUUUAAUUCUCAGCUUGGUGGCAUCCAGUGUUUAUGGAGUUCCUGAUAAACCGUUUAAGGUUAAAACAUCAUCAGGAAUUUUGGUUGGGAGAGAGUCUGAAGUUUUAGGCAAAAAACUUAGACUUUUCUUAGGCAUUCCCUAUGCGCAACCACCAAUAGAGAAUUUGCGUUUCAAGAAACCUCAGCCUUUGGAUUCCCCUGAAAUCGAACGAAAUGUAACUGACUUUGGCCCUAGUUGCAUGCAACCCCAACAUGUUGCGUCUGUUAUUAGUCCUCUGCUCAAUCCUAAUGCAGCACAAUUUAGUGAGGAUUGUUUAUUUCUUAAUAUUUAUGUACCAAACCGUACUAAUUUAAAUGCUUCUUUGCCUGUAAUGGUAUGGCUACCAGGUGAAGGGUUUGAUUUUGCUGAUCCUCAUCAAUACGAUGGGAGCUUUUUGGCAGUUAAGGGGCAGGCAAUUGUCGUGACAGUUAACUAUAGAUUAUCUGCCUUUGGGUUUCUAACAACUCUUUCUGAUGAUGCUCCAGCAAAUAACGGACUCUUUGACCAACGCAUGGCACUGAAAUGGGUUAAAAGAAAUAUCGCUAACUUCGGAGGCAAUCCACAAAACGUUACCCUUUUUGGCCGUUUUACCGGUUCAAUGAGUGCGGCUAUCCACACGUUUUCCCCUUUAAGCUUAGAAGAAAAUUUAUUUCAGACAGUUAUUCUCCAAAGCGGUUUCCCUGACGGAGAUUGGGCCUAUAACAGCACACCUUUAAAUUUAACUUUUGAGGUAGCAAGAGCGGUUGACUGUUACUUUCCAGAACUAACAGAAAUUAUAUCAUGUCUGAAAGAGAAAUCUGCAGAGGUAAUUUUAAAAGCUGCAAUGGGGCUCAAAUCAAGAUUUAGGCCUACUGUUGAUUACGAAUUAAUCUACGGAAAUAUAAUUCAUGCUGUGAGAAACAGCCGAUAUGCGCCCCUACCAGUAAUGGUGGGUUUAAAUGAGAAUGAGGGUACUCUCUGUACCACGGCAUUAAAAGCCAUGGGCUCCGAAUAUUACGAUAAAUUUCUAAAUGGAACUCUUUCAUCAUCAGAUUUUUCAAGUCUGGUAGAUUUCUAUAUGAGUGAUUUUUUCAAAGUUCAUAGCAGUGCAGCAAACAGAAUUGUCGAUUUCUUUUAUAAGAAUUAUGAAACAAAUCAGCAGCAGAGCCUUCUCCGUUUUUGUGGAGACCUCUUCAUAUAUUCCAGGGCUGAAACUUUCAGCAAUGAGUUAGCAAAACAUAAAAAGACUUUAUAUGUGUACAACUUCAAUCACAAAGCUUCUUUUAGUUCCCAGCCAUCGUUUGUUACAUCCGCUCAUGGAGACGACGUGCUGUUCGCUCUUGCUCUCACUUUCAAGGUUGAUGAUUUGCCUGAAGGAGAGGUGAAACUGACUGAAAGAAUAGUUUCGGGGCUCGUCAACUUCGCAAAAACUGGAAAUCCCAAUCCUUUAAAAUCAUACCCUGUAUGGCCUCAAUACACAGCAGAAGACCGUCUGGUUCUCGACUUCGUCGUAGAAGGUGAAGCAUCCCAAAUCGUUCACAAAACUCAACACGAAAAAGCUGCAGAGUUCUGGACAUCUGUCAUUCCACCAGUAAUCAAUGGCGUUUGUGAAAUGCCUCCUACAACUGCUGGUCUUUCUACCCAUCAGAAUUCGGAAACGAAGAAUGUCGUCCUCCCCAGCAGCGAGGUAAUUUUUCUUUGUCUUGUAGUGGCUCCUGCAGUGAUCCUUGCUGUAAGCUUGAUCAUUUUAAUCAAAAUGAAGAAACUGGCUCCCUUCCGCAGACUCUAAAGAAGGACAAGACGCUUCUGAUGAAAACCUUGAAUGUGUUCAUAAUAAUACUCAAAGAUAUGGACUGGAACUAUUAACUGCCGUCACUCUGUAAUAGUGUUUGAUUCCAUCAUUUUACAUCCAUAUUCUAUAUCAAUUCAAUAUUCAUUGAUUAUUUUUUAUUUAAAAUUGAAUGUUUUCCACUAUAAUAAUAAUAUAGUGCAAUAAUAUUCAUGCAGUUUUUAAGAUAUAUUUCUUGGGAAAAAAAGCAAACUAAAUUUUAUCUUACUAUUCGGAAUUUGCUUUUUUAAAUUCCUGUUUCAUUGAGCUGCUAUAAUUCCAAAAAUAAUAACCAGUAAAAAGUUAUGAAAAGUUAUAUUUCAAAAAUGUCUAUGAAUUAAUGCUUAAUUUAAAUCUAAAAUGUACUUAACAUUUGGAAAGAAAUCAAUUAAAAAAAAUAUUUUCCUUUUUAAAAUACUUAUAAAAUAGUCCAUUUAAAUUAAGAAAUAAAAUAUAUCUUUUUUUUUUUUGACAAUUCAUCACUUAUAUAUUGGUAAUUAUGUCUUUUUUUCAUGAAAUAUUGAUCUUUUUUUACUAACACUGUGUAAUUUUUCCGUUUCUUGUCGCCCAAUCUUGUGAAAACUCAAAGAAAAAAACCACUAGUCGAUCACUGAAGUAGCCAAAUAGCAUCGAUACUAAAAUCACUAUCAAUAUCAAUCACAAUCAAUAUCACUUGUACAUCACUAAUUAUAUACAUGAUCACUUACAGUUUAAAAUCCUUAUUCUCAAUUGAUGUUUUAAAGUUUUCUGUCGAAAAAAUUUUGAUAAUUGAUUAAAUUUUUCCUCCCUAUUUUUUUAAUACAAAUUAAUGAUUUUUUAAACAUUUUUUUUAUUAUUUUUAUUUGUUGGCUUGGUUUCUAAACAUGAUUUAUCUAACUAAAAUUUGUGUAAAUUGUGUUUGGUUGAGGUUGUGCAAAUCUUUUUUUGUUUUUGUUUUUUCGUAUCAAUUCUGAAUGUAAGCCGCAUCUACCUUGUGUGGCGUCUUUGUAUCUUUUUAUUUACUAUUAAUGUACCAUUCUAACUGAAACUAAGUGAUUUAUGUAUCCAUAAUCAUUUUCAUAGCAUUUUUGUCAAUGCAUGUAUGUGUCAAUGUAGUUUCACAUUACUCAUUUUAGUAAUGCAGUUUGCUAACACAUUUUUUUAAAGAUCAAAUCUGUACCUCAUUUGAAACUAAUUUUGUUAUUUCACUUCAUUCAUAUUUUGUGUUACACUGUCUAAUCUCUUUUUACAAUAUGCAUAAUAAAAAGGGGCUUUUUUUA